GCUGUUGGGGUGCUGGCACCCCAAAAUCAGGGAUGGGUGCCCUGGGGAAGGUGGGGUGUCCAUACCCUGCUGGGCUGGGACAGAUUGCAGGGAAGCCUGUGUCCUCUCAUGUCCCCAUGGUGUGUGGGCUACUGUGGAAGGGGGGGCUGCUUUUGGGGUCCCCCGUGCCUCAGUUUCCCCAGACAGAUCGCCAUCACUGGGUGAGGGAGCAGCAGGGAGGAACAGGGCAUGCUGGAAAUGCCACAGUGUUUCUGAUUCCCUUCUUUUGUUUCCUUAAACAUGGAAAAACAAACAAAAAGUUGUUAAAUACCAUCCCAGCUGCUGCCACAGUGUCAGCCAGGGACACUGGCCAAGGGAAGUGACCAGGUGACAGCCUGGCAUGCCUUCCCCAUGGCAGGGAAGGAGCCAAAGGGGAGCAGAGGAGGCACAGGGAGGGGGGUGUGGGGUGGAAAGGGACCCUGGAGCACCCCAGGGCUGAGCUGAAGUGUGGUGUCCUCCCAAGGGGGUCUCCAGCCUCACCCCUGUGAGCUGGGACAGCUUCUUCCACCCCUUCCCAGCUCCUGCUGCUGUCCCACUCUCCUGGAAGUGCCUGCAGCUUCUGCCUACUGUGAGGUGGGGGGGGUCACUCCAGAGGCCCCAGAGGGGCUGGAGCUGUGUCCCUCCCGAUGCCCCCAUUCAAGAAAUUUUAGUUUUCCAAGGCCCCUAUGUCCCCAAAGCAGCAGAGUGGCUCUGCAGAGGGGCAGUGCUGUGCCCAGGGGUGGUGUGGGAAGCAAGCAGGGAUGUUUUGUUGGCACCGAAGAUGAGCUCCAUGAGGAGCAGGGCAGCCCCAGAGCUUUGGGGGGGUUCUGCAGCCCAGUUUGGGGCAGGGCACUGACAUCCUGUAUUCUGGUUUCACUGCUGUGCGCCUGGCACUGGGGCAGAGCUGGCACAGUGUGGGGUUCCCAGUGCAGUGUCCUCCCCCAGGACUCCUUGUGCCCUUUGCUUCCAGGCUGCUCCAGCUUGGCCAGAGCAACAGAGGAACCUCCUGCGGCUGCGGGGCUGCGGGCCAGGGCUGGCCCUUCCUCCAGAUCCCUCCUUCCUCCUCCUCCUCCUCCUCCCUUCCGGCUUGGGACAGAACCAGCCCCUCAGAGCAGAGGACCCAGCACGGCCACCUGGGGACCCCGGCACGGCCCCUCGGACGUCAGCUGUCCCUCUGGUGUCGCGCAGGCUCGGCGGUGGGUGAGGACAAGCACAGACAUCCCAGAGCAUCCGCGGCCAGGCCAUGGCAGCCCAGCCGCCCGGGGGCCACAAGCCCUUCCACGUCGUUUCUCCCGUCCUGGAGAGCCUGUCCCUCUCCGAGGCCGUGGGCACCAAGGUCCUCAUGAAGCUGGAGAACGUCCAGCCCUCGGGAUCCUUCAAGAUCCGGGGCAUCGGGCACCUGUGCCAGGAUGCUGCCAAGAAGGGCUGCCGCCACUUCGUCUGCUCCUCAGGAGGGAACGCGGGUCUGGCGGCGGCGUUCGCGGCCCGGGAGCUGGCCCUGCCCAUCACCGUGGUGCUGCCCAGCAGCAGCGGCCCCACCGCCGUGCGAAAACUGCAGCAGCUGGGGGCCAUGGUCGAGGUCUACGGCAAGGUGUGGGAUGAUGCCAACAGCAGAGCCCAGGAGCUGGCUAAGACAGAGGGCUGGGUCAUCAUCCCCCCCUUCGACCACCCCUUGGUGUGGGAGGGUCACGCCAGCCUGGUCCGCGAGCUGAAGGACUCUCUGGAGGACAAACCAGGUGCCAUCGUGGUGGCGGUGGGUGGCGGGGGGCUGCUGGCCGGUGUGGUGGCCGGCCUGCAGCAGGUGGGCUGGCACGAUGUCCCCAUCAUCGCCGCCGAGACCCUGGGGGCUCACAGCUUCCACGAGGCGCUCAAAGCCGGCCGGCUCGUCACCCUGCCCGACAUCACCAGCGUGGCCACGUGCCUGGGAGCCAAGACGGUGGCGGCGCGGGCGCUGGAGUGUGCCCAGGAGUGCCAGGUGCUCUCGCAGGUGGUGCAGGACGCCGAGGCCGUGCGGGCUGUGCAGCAGUUCCUGGAUGACGAGCGGCUGCUGGUGGAGCCGGCGUGCGGGGCAGCCCUGGCCGUGCUGUACUCGGGGCGGCUGCGGCGGCUGCAGGGCCAGGGGCGGCUGCCGAGCCCGCUGCGCCCCGUGCUGCUCGUGCUGUGCGGCGGCAGCAACAUCGACUCGGCCCAGCUGCGGGCCCUGAAGAGCCAGCUGGGGCUGGAGUGACACCGCGCCGGGCACGCUCUGCUCGCUUUCCUUCCCAAAGAACCGAAAUAAAGCCUGGGGACGCGGGCCGGGCUCCUCCCGCAGCCUUUUGCAGCAGGCAGCGCUCAUGCAGGAGAGGGAAACUGAGGCACAGGGUUGAGGGCGGACUGGGGCCCGCACAUCCCUCUUUUCCCCUGGGACAUGCCGGGUAUUCUGCUCUGCCCCCUCCCUGCUCCUCCCCAGGCUGCUCAGGCUGCAGCUCCCCUCCUCAAUUAGCAAACGCUCCCUCUCUGACUAAUUACUUUGCUACUGUCUUUAUGCAUUAUUAUUGUAAUGAUUAUUAAUUAUUACAAUCCUCUCCCGUUCCUGCCACGUUGGCUGUGGCCAGACGAGAACAACGCUCUUGUUACGGUGAUUUAUUCACGGUGAUUUAUCCGCGGGGAUCCCCGGCCGGGUUUAACACCUGCGGGCUCCGAGGUGGUCUAACAUGUGGAGGGGAUAUACCCCAUCCUAGACGCCCCCCCUUUUCCCCCCAUCCCACUCUUUUCCCGUUCUCCCUUUCCCCCAGCUCUCCUGCUCUCCCACAUUUCCACUCUGCAGCGCUGUGUUUGCUUUUAGCCCUUUCCUGUGGCGCCUCCUGGGGUUUUUUUCUGUGUCCUCCCAACACUUCUCCCCUCUCCUUGCUCCCAUUCCGGGUGAUGCGGGGUUUUGCUCCUGCUGGUGCCCCCCAGCCCCACCCUGAGCCUGUGCCCUGCGGUGCUGGGCAGGGAGAGAAGCCUUUUGCUGCCCUCAAACCCUUUUGUCCUCCUCCCUUUUGAUGCAGCCAGCCCCAGGAGCACUCACCCACAUCCCCCCACAAGCCCUUUCCCCUGCCACCCCCCAGAAGCCCCUCCUGCCCUCAGCCCCUUGCCCACACCUCCCACCGGCCAGGCCACCUUCCCAGGUGCUUCGUGGAGGCCAAACCCCCAUAAAUCAGAGCUCUGCCACUCCAUCGUGAGCAAUACCUUAUGUAAAAAGGUGUUUCCAGGGAGCACCGAAGGCUGGAGAAUCCUAUUACGAGGCACACUAUUAAUUAUAAGGAGUCAGCCCAACCUCCUCCAGCUAUUUUUUAUCCCAGGUCCAAAACCUGAUUACUUCCCACCUUCUGCAGACCUUCCCCUUCCGAGAAAAAAAAAAAAAAAA